AUGCUGCGGCCGGCCCCGGCGCCCUCUGCGGCCGGCGUGCUCGGCGCCGUGCUCAACGGCAGCGCAGCGGCGCACAACAAGUCGCGGGGCUGGUCCCUCGCUUUGGGGGACCCCAUCCCUGACCACCAGCGUGUUGCCUACAACUACACCCCCAUGCCGACCCUGGCCGAGCCGGGCGCCCCGGCCGCGGCCCCAAAGGACGUCCCGGCGAUGACGGCGGCGCCGGCGCCGGGCGCCGACCCCAAAGGCCCCGGCGCGAUCGCCAUCGACGCGAGCCGCAUGACGCCAGCUGUGGCUCUGGCGGCGAGGCAGGCGCAGCAGGAGUCUGGGAUGGCGGCGUGGGUGGUGUGCGCGUGGCAGUUCAGCAACAUCACUAAUUACCAGAAGAUGACGUCAGGGUUCGACGCGAAGCGGAUCAGGAUGCUGAUUACGCAAAAGUCGACGUCGAAGCUGAACCCUGAGCAGGUGGAGGUGAUGACGACGGCCAACGUCAGCCUGGGGCUGCACUUCAGGGGGGUCUCCCUGGACAAGGAUCCCGACGCCACCCUCAAGGGCCUGAAGGGCGCGUUUGCUGACCUGGCACUGGGGUUCGAUCCCAACCUGAUCCAUGUUUCCCCCGAGCCCGAGCCCACGAUCGGCGGCGCCGCCAGCGCGACGAUCCUGAAGGGCGCGUCGCCGCUCGCGCUCGGCACGCGCCGCCUGCUCGGGGCGCGCGCGCGGCGGCGCCGGCGCCUGCAGCAGGCGGCGGGAGCGGCGGGAGGGACGGGGGCGGCGGGCGCGGCGGGGGCACGGCCGCAGGGACAGGCGAGGCCUGGGGUGCCAGCGUGGCGGGAGGACGCGUAUGCGGCCUACACGGGGCUGUCCCCCAGCAGUGUGCAGAUGCUGACCAAUGCGCUGGAGCUGAACUGUGGGACCAUGCAGCUCGGCCAGGCGCUGCCAGGCAACUGCUCCGCCGCGUUCCAGUACCACAUGACCAAGGCGCUCGUCCCCGUCCAGGCGCGGCGCUUCUCUGCCAGCCUGAUCAAGGUCCAGACUGUCACCAUCAACGUCCUCGUCGCCGUCGGCUUCAGCCAGCAGCAGGUCAACUCUGGGCUGCCAGAUCUGUUGACCGCGUGGCUGGGCAACUGGCAGAACGUGCGGUCUAUGCUGGUGACCGCCGGCCUGGACAUGGCCGAGACGCGCACCAGCGUCGCGUGGCUGCAGCGGCCGGAGCUCGUCGUCGCGCUGGCGGUGGGGCUGGCCGUCCCGCUGGGCGUGGCGGUGCUGGUGCUGACCGGGAUCCUGGUGGUUAUGACGCUCAAGAACCGGCGGCAGGCGAAGACGGGGGGCGACUCACCGACGGUGGCGGGCGUGGCGGCGACGAGCGGGGGCGGGGGCGGCGGUGUGGGUGGCGGCGGCGUGGGCGUAGGCGUGGGCGGGGGCGGCGUUGGCGUCAGCGCUGGCGGCAGCAGCGUCACCUCGUCCACGCGGCGCCCGCGGUCCUCGGGGUCACACCCGGCGCGCAAGCGGCGCUACCUCGCGCCCGCGCUGCCCAUAUCCGCCCACGGCCCGCACCAAAACAUUGAAGAGAUGGCCGCAGCGAACCUGCGCGCGGCGGGCGGCGGCGCCGCAACGGCGGCGUCCGGCGCGGGCCCCAGCACCAGCAGCGGCCACGGCGGCGCGUCCACGUCUGCGCAGCCGCAGGGCUCCUCGGCGCUGCGAGACGCGUUCGAGUACGGAUCCUCGGACAGCGAUGACAGCGGGUCCGAGGCGGAGCUGCGGCCGCGGCUGCGGUCGCUGGGGGACUCGGUGACGUCAGCGGCGCGGUUCGAGCUGGAGGAGCACGGCAGCGGCAGUGGCGAGGGGUCAGAGGCAGGGGAUGAGGCGGAGGAGGAGGCACCGGCCGCGGCCGACCGCGGCGUCGGCGUCGACGCGGGCGCAUCGGCGGGCGCGGAGCCCCGGCCAGAGCGGCGGCGGCGGCGGGUGACCCCGGACGACGGGCGGCGCGUGUCGGCGGCGUCGCCGGCCGGCAGCCCCGCGGCGCGCUGGGGCAGUGGGCCGGGUGCGCUGACCAGCGAGGGUGACGAUGACGGCCCCGGGCUCGUCAGCCGCCGCGGGGGCCUGCGGAGGGUCAGCACAAGCGGCAGCAGCGGCGGCGGCGCAUCGUCGCACGCAUGGCCGGGGCCGGUUGAGGCGCAGCCCGAGGAGAGCCUGCCCUCGGUCAUCAUGGGGGCUGCCAACCCGCCGCGCGUCGGCGGCCUGCAGUCGCCGUUCAGCCGGUAUGGGUACGACGGGACGCAGGGCAGCGGCGCCGGCUGCAGCGGCGCCGGCGGCAGCGGCGGCAGCGGCGGCAGCGGCGGCAGCAGCAGCGCCGGCGCGGCGCCAGGGGGCGCGGAGGUGUGUGAGGGGGGGCGUGCUGUGGGGGUGACUGCCAGGAUGAGCAGGCAGCCGACAAUCGAGGUGGCGGUUGAUGCCAUUGUGCAGGGCGGAAUGUUGGAUGUGCCCGCGUCAAGCAGCUCGCAGGCCGAGGCCGGUGCAGACGGCAGCGGCGCGCGUGCCGGCGGUAGCGGCAGCGGCAGCGGCAGCGGUGAGGCCCAGGCUGAUGGUGGUGCGCGGCGCAGUGCUGGGGCUGGCAGCAGCACUGGCAGCGGCGGGGGCCGCGGCCCGAGCGGCGUCCAAGGGGACGCCGCCCGCGAGAGCAGCACGCUGGCAGGGACAGGUCCGUAA